UUGAACAAUAAUUUAAAAUGAUGAAGAAUUAAAAUCCAAAACAGAGUAACAAACCAAAUCUAUGUAAAAUUACAAAAUAUCAAAGCAUAGAUUAUUACCGAUCUUUAACAUUUGGAAGAUAUGGACAGACAGGAUAUUGAGUAAUAAAAAAUUUUGAAAUUGCAAUUGUCAAGAAUAGAAAGUUUGAAAAAGGAGUAUUCUAAAAAGGAUCAAGAAAUUUGUAGACUAGAACAACAAGUAGAGCAAUUCAGAAUAUAUUAUGACAAAUAUGAAAAUGUGAAGAAGCUUCUUGAAUCAGCUUUGGAAUAACUAGAAAAAAUUGAAAAUUAGAAUAAAAUGCUUUAAAAAAAAUUGAGUGAAUUUUAAGAUACAUAUGCUAAAUUAGAAUUAAAACAUUAAUCACUUUUGGUUGAUUUCAAUAAUGCAAUCAUGGAGAAAGAAGUCAAUUAAAUUUCUCAAAACAGUAGUUUAAGAUUAGAACUUAAUGAACUUAAAUCAUAAUAUAACCAAAAGAUAUAGCAUAUGGAAACAGAAAUAUAGAAGUAUAAGUAAAUUAUUUAAGAGAAAGAUGCACAAAAUAACAAUUUGACAUUGUAAUUAAACACAUAUUCAAAAUAAAUCCUUUAAUACAAAUAAUAGGCUAAAAAUGUCGAUCUCAUUUUGAAAAAUCAUAUAGCUUCAACUAAAUAACAAAAUAAUUCUUAUCCUUAAUCAGUGUGUGAAACAGACAUUUAUAAGGAAGAUUAAAAUUUGAAAAUAUUAUGCUCUUAAUUAACUUAGGAUUAUGAUGAGGCUGUUAAAAGAAUACAAUAAUUUGAAAGGUAACUAACUGAGUAUCGAACAGAAAAUCUAGAAUUAAAGAAAUAUAUUCAAUACUUAACUGAUAAAUGA